CAUGGUUUAUCCGGAAGUGUAAUGGAUGCAGCAAGUUUGUCAAUAUUUUGCGUUAGGGAAUGUGGCGUAUGGCAAAUAUUCCACGAAAUACGAGUGUAAUUAUCAGCUGACGGGAAGAACAACGCAGCACGCAGAUCUUGGUUACACAGGUGACCGAGAAACUAUGCUGUUAUCGACCGGGACCAAUGUUCAACAUUGUGCUAACAAACCUGACAAUGAUGAGGACCAGAGCCAGGUCACCGUGACAUCCUUCACAAUGCAGGUCGCUGGACAUGUAUAUGGCAAGAAAGACAAAAAGCAAGGGAUGCUGCACCUGGGGAGGGGGAUGAUUCUGAAGGCGCUGCAGGAUCCCCCUCGGGGAACAAGGGAGCUGCAGUUCUACCAACAAGUUUUCUCCCCCACGAAUACCGACGAGGUCACCAUAGCUCUCAGAAGGUUCAUGCCAGCCUACCAUGGCACAAUGGAAUUUGAUGGAGUAGGGUUUCUGAAGCUGGAGAAUAUUGUAGAACACUACAAACAGCCAUGUAUAGCUGAUGUAAAGAUGGGGAAGGUGACGUCCGACCCCCACGCCACACCGGAGAAGGCAGCGUACGAGAAGUCCAAGUGUCCUAGUGCUGCGGUACUUGGCUUCCAGAUCUCAGGAAUGUUGAUAUAUCAGCCUGACACUGGUCAGUAUGAGAGAGUGGACAAAGUAGCUGGACACAAACUGACCACAGAUAACAUGAUCAGUGAAG